UUGAGAUGAAUUGGCUAAGGGAAAAUUCUGGUAGGAUUGCAUGACUUUUUAAAACAAUGUCCUUGUGUUAUUUAAAACAGGAAAGAUCAGGUAAAUAGGUGACCUGCCUAGCAGGAACGUAGCACCCAGCCUGGUCCAACUCCCUUACGAAUCAGGGAGUGCUGGCAGAAGAAAGUACAAUUGCUCACCUUGUACAGGGUGUCUGAUUUCUUAUCAAGGCUGUGGCUAAUCAAAUGGGAUCCUUUAACCCCGUUCCCUUCCUGUGUGCUAUAUAUUUGCAUUCGGAGACUCCCAUCUCUGGUGAGAGGCUGUCUGCUCAAUUGCCCUGCUCCUCUGGCUAAAAAGGGCGCUGAGGCCCUGGUAGCUGAGGGUUCCAGUCUGCUGCUUCUGAAACCAUGGCUUUUCCUGCAGGAUUUGGAUGGGGGGCAGCCACGGCAGCUUAUCAAGUGGAAGGAGGCUGGGAUGCAGAUGGAAAAGGCCCUUGUGUCUGGGACACAUUUACCCAUCAGGGAGGAGAGAGAGUUUUCAAGAACCAGACUGGCGAUGUAGCUUGUGGCAGCUACACUCUGUGGGAGGAAGAUUUGAAAUGUAUCAAACAGCUUGGAUUGACUCAUUACCGCUUCUCUCUUUCCUGGUCACGUCUGUUACCUGAUGGGACGACAGGUUUCAUCAACCAGAAAGCUAUCCAACUUGAUAAAGUCAAUCUUCAAGUGUAUUGUGCAUGGUCUCUUCUGGAUAACUUUGAGUGGAACCAAGGAUACAGCAGCCGGUUUGGUCUCUUCCAUGUUGAUUUUGAAGACCCAGCAAGACCCCGAGUCCCUUAUAUGUCAGGCAAGGAGUAUGCCAAGAUCAUCAGAAACAAUGGCCUAGAAGGGCAUCUAUAGAAGAGAUGGCUAGGAAAUACUAUCUGGAGAAGAGGCCUCUGUUUUCGGGGAAAAAAAAUCUGCUUUGGUGAUGAUCUCUCAGGAAU